UGAUUAUCACUGAUUUAUUAUGACGUAUCAAAUGAAGUUUAUCUCAUCCUAAAUGGUUCAACAAGCUCUACAGCCAAUAGACUUCUUAGCUUUUUCUAUUUUUUCUUCUAAAGCCGGGUCUUUCCUAUGGUGACAAGCAUCUUACCCGCACCCACUCUCCCACCACUCCAAAGGGGCCCCGCUUCCAACCUGCCCUCCACCAAACCAUCAACAAACACUUGGAACCUACCAAGCACUUACCCUAAUGUCCUUUUGCUAGCAUUUUCUUCUUAAAUACUCUUCUUCGUAUCGUCUUUUCCGUGCAUGUCCUUUUCUCUUCCUAUUUUUUUCUCCUUCUUCACUUUCGUCAAGCUUUUAUCAUUAUUUUGAUUUGUGCCAGUCGUUCUUAGACCCCGCGUUCUGCCACUGCAACAAGUCACUUCCAACGUAUAAAAAGUUGUUGGUUCUUCAAAUCCGUGGCACCAAAGACCAUGGUUUCAAACGAAGUUUAUUUACUCCCUCUCAAGGAUGAUGGGAGUCCUGAUGUAUCUGGAGGAUACAUUUAUCUUACUCCCAAAGGCACAAAGCCGAUAACUGUCCGUUUUGCUAUCGAGGGGACAUCCUCGAUAUGUCGAGAAGGCAGUCUCUGGGUGAACAUCCCCGAGAAAGGUGCAGAAUUUCAAAGAGACCAGUUCCGUGAAUUCAAGUGAGUUUUCCCUGCAAGACUCCGUCUACCGCAAGCACUAACUCUAUAGAUUGGAACCAGAUUUUAAUCGUACCAUUGAAAUAUCGAUACCCAUUCAUUCAGCUGGCGCAUUCGCAUUCUAUACUACAUACAAAGCUCUGCCGGAUUUGGAUGAUACAAAUACCGCUACUAUUGAAACUACCAAGUCCCCAGUGUAUUAUAUCGAUGUUGCUCCAACCUUGAAGCUGGAGGGUAGGCAACUGCCUUUACCUGCGUUGUCCGUAUUCUCUAUCAUUUCGAAAUUCAUGGGGAAAUAUCCCAAGGAUUGGCAAAAACAUCUGCGUGGAAUUAGUGAGAGAGGAUACAACAUGAUCCAUUUCACCCCCUUGCAAAAACGUGGUGAAUCAAACUCGCCAUAUAGUAUCUAUGACCAACUUUCAUGGGACCCCGAAUGCUUCCCCAAUGGCGAAAAAGAUAUCAAAAAGCUAGUUAAGAGCAUGGAAGAGGAUCAUGGUCUCUUGGGGUUGACUGAUGUAGUUUGGAACCACACUGCGAACAAUAGCGCGUGGCUCCAGGAACAUCCAGAGGUCGGCUACAAUGUGUCGACAGCACCGUGGUUGCGUUCGGCCUUGGAACUGGACACUAAACUACUCGAAUUCAGUAAAGAUCUUGCCAAUCAUGGUCUUCCAACGACGCUUAAUUCUGUUGACGACUUGGUUAAAGUAAUGGCUGGUGUCAAAACAGAGGUCAUUGCCAAACUUCGUCUAUGGGAAUACUAUGUUAUUGAAAUUGAAAGGGAUGCCGAUGCAGUUGUAGGGGCUUGGGCAGCUAACAAAAUUUCAUUUCCAGAGGGAGGUUUUGGUGGAUCAGGUUUUGGUGGUUUAGAAGCAAUCAAAAAUGCUUCAGUUGCGGAGCAGGCGACUUUCUUAAGAGAAAAGGGAAUGCUCAACACUGAUAGACUUGGAGAGAGAUACAGAAGAAAGGUAAACCCUGAAGUUGGCGCGGCGCUGCUUACAGCUUUGUUUGGAAGAUACGAAGGCGAUAAGUCAAAUAGUGCUGAUCGAGCAGAAGCACGAAGUCGCUUGGUUAAUAUCCUGGAUGAAGUCAACCUUCCAUAUUACAAAGAAUAUGACGUGGAUGUAGCGGAGAUUCUUGAUCAGCUCUUCAACCGCACCAAAUACGUUCGGCUUGAUGAUAAUGGACCAAAACUUGGCCCUAUCGAUGAAAAGAAUCCUCUCAUUGAAACUUACUUCACCAGAUUACCCAAAAAUUCCACUACCUCGAAGCACAAUCAAGAGGAUCUCGCUUUGGUAAACAACGGCUGGAUUUGGGCGGCAAAUGCACUUGUUGACAAUGCUGGUCCCAAAUCUCGUGCAUACCUUCGCCGUGAAGUAAUUGUUUGGGGCGAUUGUGUGAAGUUGCGUUAUGGAGAGUCUCGUGAAGACAGCCCCUUUUUGUGGGACUUUAUGUCGAAAUACACACGUCUCAUGGCCAAAUAUUUCACCGGUUUCCGCAUCGACAAUGCACACUCUACACCAAUACACGUCGCCGAAUUCCUUCUAGAUGAGGCAAGAAGAGUUAGACCAAAUCUUUAUGUGGUUGCAGAACUUUUUACGGGGUCGGAAGAGAUGGACUAUGUUUUUGUCAAACGUCUAGGUCUUAGCUCCCUCAUCAGAGAAGCAAUGCAGGCUUGGAGUACUGGAGAAGUCAGUCGUCUGGUUCACCGCCAUGGUGGUAGACCUAUCGGAAGCUUUGAAGUUGAUGAAGUCUCUGGAGCAGAUCAAAAGACACCCAAUGGUAAAACCAAUGGAUCCACUUCCGACAGAGAAAUCAUACGCACCAUUAGAUAUACUCCGGUUCACGCCCUCUUCAUGGACUGCACCCAUGACAACGAAGUUCCUGCACAAAAGCGUGAUGCUCGAGACACUUUACCAAAUGCUGCACUAGUUGCCAUGUGUUCUAGUGCCAUUGGUAGCGUCAUGGGUUAUGAUGAGAUUUAUCCCAAGCUAGUAGAGAUUGUUCACGAAACAAGAUUGUACACAUCUGCUUCUUCUGAAAAAGAAGUGAAGACUGGAGCUGGCGAAGGUGGCAUUGGUGGGAUCAAAAAGCUUCUCAACCAAAUCCAUAGUAUCAUGGGCAAGGAUGGGUACGCCGAGACAUACAUUCAUCACGAAGAUCAGUACAUCACAGUUCAUCGGGUGCAUCCUGAAUCUAGAAAAGGAUACUUCCUCAUCGCACAUACAGCGUUCCCAGGCUAUGGUAACGGGAAUGGAGGUUUCAAACCAGUUCACCUUGGAGGCACUAAGGCUAGCCAUCUCGGCAGCUGGAUGCUUGAAGUUGACACUUCUGACGAGGCAAAGAAGGAGGCACUGGAAGAUAAGAAAUAUCUAAGAGGAUUACCUAGCAAGGUCUCCAAUCUUCCUGGAGUCCGUAUGGAAUACAAAGAUGGAGAAACAACGAUUUCAGUCCGAGAUAAAUUUCCUCCUGGAAGUAUUGCAUUGUUCGAGACAUGGAUACCUGCUGCUGAGCAUGCGACCGGUCUCGAUACAUUCGUCACCUCAGGAGCAAAGGCAGCAUUUUCAGAGUUGGACCUCAUUGAUUUAAACUUCGUUCUAUACAGAUGUGAGCCAGAGGAGCGCGAUUCUAGUGAGGGCAAAGAUGGAGUUUACGAUAUCCCUGGUCAUGGGAAACUCGUAUAUGCUGGUUUACAAGGUUGGUGGAGCGUGCUCAAGAAUAUCAUCAAAGACAAUAACUUGGGACAUCCCAUGUGUAACCACUUGAGGGAAGGGCAAUGGGCGCUGGACUACAUAAUUGGCAGACUGGAAAGAAUCUCAAGCAAGUCUGGUUAUGAACGCGUACAGAAGCCAGCGAUGUGGUUGAAAGAGCGUUUCGAUGCUAUUCGAAAAAUGCCUAGCUUUUUACUCCCACGUUACUUUGGACUAGUUAUUCGAACUGCUUAUCGAGCUGCCUGGGAGCAAAGUUUGUCACUCAUGAAUAAGAAUGUUCGUGAAGGGCAAUGGUUCUUGCAAGAUUUGGCCAUGGUUAGCGUGCAGCAGACAGGAUAUGUUAAAUCUGCAUCCUUGUACCCCAAGAAGGCGGUGCCAUCUCUAGCAGCAGGUUUACCACAUUUCGCAGUUGAAUGGGCGAGAUGUUGGGGGCGAGAUGUGUUUAUUUCUGCAAGAGGUCUCUUCCUUGGUACAGGUCGCUAUGAUGAAGCCAGAGAGCAUAUUCUCGCAUUCUCAAGUGUCUUAAAGCAUGGCAUGAUACCAAACUUGUUGAGCAGUGGCAACUUACCACGUUACAAUUCUCGGGAUUCAAUCUGGUUUAUGUUACAAACCAUCCAAGAUUAUACAAAGAUUGUGCCAAAUGGAUUAGAUCUAUUGAAAGAGAAGGUACCUCGACGCUUCUUGCCUUAUGAUGACACAUACUUCGAUUCCGAUGAUGCAAGAGCAUACUCAAAGACAUCUAUUUUGGAGGACAUUAUCCAAGAAUCUUUGCAACGUCAUGCAUCUGGAAUGUCAUUUCGAGAAGCAAACGCUGGACCCAAUCUUGACAUGCAGAUGAGCUCCGAGGGAUUCAAUAUUGACAUCAAAGUUGAUUGGUCAACCGGUCUCAUAUUUGGCGGUAACCAAAAUAACUGCGGUACCUGGAUGGACAAGAUGGGUGAGAGUGAACGAGCUAAAAGCAAGGGAGUACCUGGUACACCUCGUGAUGGUGCCGCUAUUGAGAUCACUGGUCUCUUAUAUAGUACUCUUCGUUGGGUAGCUGAACUUCAUGAGAAAGGCAAGUACAAGUAUGCCGGCGUCAGUACUUCAGAUGCAUCUAUGCAGGUCAUCACUUUCUCCGAUUGGGCGAACAAAAUCAAGGAGAAUUUCGAACGUUGUUACUAUGUUCCAUUGGACUCUAAGGAUGACUCCAAGUAUGAUGUGAACACUUCUAUCGUCAAUCGGAGAGGUAUUUACAAGGAUUUGUACAAAUCUGGUAAAGAGUAUGAAGAUUAUCAACUGCGAGCAAACUUCCCAAUUGCCAUGACGGUGGCCCCAGAGCUAUUUGACGAUGCUCAUGCACUCAAUGCUUUGUUCCUUGCAGAUAAGGUUCUUCGUGGCCCUACUGGUAUGGCAACUCUUGAUCCUGCAGAUCUUAAUUACCGACCAUAUUACAUCAAUUCUGAAGAUAGUGAUGAUUUCGCAACUUCAAAAGGAAGAAAUUAUCACCAGGGUCCAGAGUGGUUAUGGCCAACUGGUUUCUUCUUGAGAGCCUUAUUGAAAUUUGAUCUCAAGAGAAGAAAGACUCCAGCGGCUAAGACCGAAGCUUUUCAACAGAUUACUCGUAGGUUAGCAGGCUGCAAGGAUGCUAUUGUUAGCAGUGACUGGGCAGGAUUAACUGAAUUGACAAACAAAGAUGGUUCUUAUUGUGCCGAUUCGGUAUGUUGUAUCCUCUGGUUUGUCUGAUAUAUGCUAAUAUGAUUAUAGUCACCAACGCAAGCAUGGAGUGCUGGUUGUUUAAUCGAUCUGUACCAUGACGCAGCACAAUAUGACGUUUCUCAAUUAUCGAAAUAGAUCACAGGACGGAUUAUGAGAAAAGUAAAGGGCAAUUGGAUGGUAGUAAUGGCGCAUGGGGCUGCGGGUCAUGAAUGAAGAAUUGAAGAAUUGCAAUUUUAUGUUGGACGUGAUAAUGACAGGAUGAUUCUUUAUGCGAAAAAGCGAGCGUGUGAAAAUGGGAACGGCUAUUGGUAGAUAAGACAGUUUUGAGCGUAGAAAAAUUGUUAAAGUUUUGGUUGGUUUGCAAUGUUCUUCUAAUUGAGUUACCUCUUUUCAUCAACAUCUCCCGUAAAACUUCAACCCCCUUCACAAUCUCGCACCAUCAAUCAUCACCAUCACUAACUUUCAAUCCUUCGCGGAAGAAAGCCCACAACGUAUGUUGCAUACUUAGGUAAUGCAAGAUGACUUUCUAGAUGAACGUGGAGAGUGAAGAUACGAUGUAGCUAGU